AUGAGGUGUAGCACAGGGCUCGUGGGGCCCCUGCAGGUACAGGUAGUUGUAACAGAUUCAAGUCAGACCCCCCCACCCCCCACCCCCGGCCUCCGGCCCAGCACAAAGCCAGUGGAAUCGUUCCGGACACUACCCAUCCUCAGAGCCGGAGAUGCCGAUCCCAGAGAGCACGGAGGCAAACCACGCUCGGCACCCCUGGGGGCUUCUCGGCGAUGGGCGGGGGAGUUAGGGGCCCCGGGUGAGCCCCGGCCGCGCUGCGGCCCGCCCCACAGGGAGCUCAGGCCCCCAGGACGUAGCCGGGAAGAGGGGCUUCGGGAGCCCUGGGCGGGCCCGCCGUCGUGCUGGCACGGGGCGCCCUUUGCAGGGACGAGCCUCUGCCCCCUGGCGCCGGCCGGGCCUCGGGCGCACGGUGACCCCACUGCCCGCCGCCAGCCCUGGCCCGCGGCCCCAGCUCCCGGGCGCGCAGCCCAUCACGCGGCGAAGCGAUGCCCUCCAGCCCCGCGGCCCCGCGGUCAUUGGUCGACGGCUCGCGACCCGAGCGCCCCCAUUGGCUGCGGGGGGCGUUCACGUGAAAGGGGUUCCGGGAUGGCUUCCCCGGCGGGGCGAGGUGCUGGAAAGUUAAAGGGAGCGGCGCGGCGGCGGGGAGCCCGAGUCCGUGCCCGGCCCCGGGAGGAGCGAGCCGCCUGCCCUCGCGCACCGACCGCCGCGUCCGGCCGCCGAGGGCGCGCACCUGCGGCGCUGAGUCCCGGCCCCGCGGUCGCCGCUGCCCCCUCCCCCCCCCCGCGCGGAUGCUGCCGCGGGCCGGCGCGUCGGCACUUCCAGCUGCUCAGCUGCACCAGGUACGUCGGGCCCCGGUGCGGGCAGAGAACCCGCGGCGAGGGGCGCGCCGGGGACGCCUUCUUGGCUUCCUGCCACCUGCACCUUCACUGUCCCGCUUGCAGCCACGCUCCGGGGGUGAACAGUCUAGACGGGCUGGAGGAGGCUGUUGCUCCCAGGUGGGACGUGCCGCCCGGGAACCAGAGGUGGGAUGGAGCGGGGCCGGAGCCGCGAGUCCACCCAGGUGCUUCCAGCCCGGGAGCCGACAUUCCCGGAGGGUGUCACCGAAGCCGGGCGGUGGGGGACCAGGAAGAGGAGCCGCGUCUCCCCCCCCCCCAUCCCCCCCCCGGCUUCCCUGUAGUACGCGAGGAAACACACUUGGGAGCCUCUCGGGCCGCCGAGCGCGAUGGGACACGGAGCCCGCCCCGGUGCGCGGCCCCGGGCACGGUCCCCGGUCACGAUCCCCGCCCCCGGCAGGAUCCCCGGGUCACGAUCCCCGCCCCGGCAGGAUACCCGGGUCACGAUCCCCGCCCCCGGGCACGGUCCCCGGUCACGAUCCCCGCCCCCGGCAGGAUCCCCCGGGUCACGAUCCCCGCCCCCGGGCGGGUCCCCCGGUCACCAUCCCCGCCCCCGGCAGGAUCCCCGGGUCACGAUCCCCGCCCCCGGCAGGGUCCCCGGUCACGAUCCCCGCCCCCGGCAGGAUCCCCGGGUCACGAUCCCCGCCCCCGGCAGGAUCCCCGUUCACGAUCUCCGCCCCGGCAGGAUCCCCGGUCACGAUCCCCGCCCCCGGCAGGAUCCCCGGUCACGAUCCCCGCCCCCGGCAGGGUCCCCCGGUCACGAUCCCCGCCCCCCGGCAGGAUCCCCGGUCACGAUCCCCGCCCCCGGGCAGGAUCCCCGGUCACGAUCCCCGCCCCCGGGCAGGAUCCCCGGUCACGAUCCCCGCCCCGGCAGGAUCCCCGGUCACGAUCCCCGCCCCCGGGCAGGAUCCCCGGUCACGAUCCCCGCCCCCGGCAGGGGCUGCCCCGGGCCUGCGGGGCCGAAGCUGCCGCGCGGGGACGCUCGCGCCGCGCGGCUCCCACCGGGGUGGCCCCGCCGCCCCGCCCAGGGGUGAUAACUCGGGCUCCUCCUCCUCGUCGUCCUCCUCCCCCUGCGGGUCAUAUCUCCGGGAACCCAGCGCGGGCCCUGCCUCCCGGACACACGACGCUCACGUAG